UGAGACAGUCUAGUCAAUACUCCAGACAAAUAGAGGAUCUACUAACUAAAGUCAUGUCUGAAUUUGAUUCAGAGAAAGAAAACAUGUCAGAAAAGAUGGAGAACGAUGAAUUAGCAGAGCUACAAGAACGAUAUGAUAAAUUGAAAUCGCUGUCAAGUCAAGUUCUUGUACAGUAUGAUGACCUGCUUUAUAAAUUCCAAGAAAAUGAAAAAGCGUACAACAGCGUAGUACACCGCCUGAAACUCAGAGAAAGUCAGCUGAAAGAGAUGAAGAAAUUGAUACAACCCGCUAUAUCCGAGUAUGAAAGAAUGAAGAUGAAGUAUGAGAUUGAAUUCAACUGUAGAACCCAGGCUGAGGUGUUAGCCACUAAGAUUUCCACCCAGAACAAGGAGCUGAAGCGACAGUCUAAGAUGCUGCUGGAGCUUCAGGGACCCAACCCCCCAGACAUCACUCAGAUGAACCUGGAUCUGGACGAAAAAGAAGACUCAAUGGAGGACUUCAGGAAGGAGCAGGCCGACAUCAUUCAGAAACUAGAAGAGGAGCUUGUCACAGUCAAGGAGGAGUUGUCCUCCCUUAGAGAAGAUCUGGCUAUUGAGAAGGAACACUCAAACAAGUGGAAGCACAAGUUUGAGGAGAUGAAGGAGAGCCGAGAGGAGGCUGAGAUAGUCGUGGAGCAGUAUAAGGAAGCCAUGAUGGAACUGGAGAAGGUGUCUGAGGGAGCAGUGAGGGACAGUGAAACAACAUCGAUAAUUCAUUUACAGCAGAGAUACGAGUUAGAACAGCAGUGUCGCAGUGGAGCAGAAAAAUUUGCUACAGAGAUAAGAAUCCAGAAUGAGGCAAUGAAGAAACAGAGCAUGAUCCUGCUGACCGAGGCGGCGUCCGAUCCCAAACUGAUGAUGGCGCUGGCGGAGGUGGAACAGCUCACCCAGGACAUAGAGACCCAGAAACAGAAAUACGAACAGGAGAUUAAGGAGCUGAAGGAGAGGGCUGAGGAGACAGUGGUGGAGGAGCCAGAUAACUCGGCUUACCUGGAGGAGAUCAGUAGACUCGAGGACCGAGUCAAACAGUUUGAGGAGCAGUACAAAGUACUACAAGAUAAAUACAAAGCCUUGGAGGUGAAGCUAGAGGAGGCAACAAGACCCCCACCCCCUCCCCCUCCUCCCCCACCCCCAUCACUGACCACCAAAUCUAAAGGAUUUCUGUCUCGGCUGAGGAGAGACGGAUCAAAGAAAAAGAAAAAACCACCUGCUGGAACUUUACAAAAUCCAGCAAUGAAUGACAACUUUUCAAAAGCGAUGAGUGAAAUGAUGGAGCGUAUCAACAGUGGAAAGCCAUUAACGUCCGGUGGACGCUCAGUCAAGAGAAGGGGAUCUAAGAACAGUGCAGGUGGAUUGGGAUCUGUAUCAGAAGAGCCAUCAGAGGGUGGUGCAGAGGAGCCCAUUGCCAUGAAAGAAUUAAACAACAUACUAAAAAAGAUGAAGCGUACCCAGAGUGAGGGUGACCUAUUGAGCAUGGGGGGUGGUGGUCCCCGGGGUGAUGAGUCAACACCAGACACACCCAAGGAACCAGCCUUCAAGUUCUCACUCAAAAAAAGAGCACCUGUUGAUUCUGGGACUCCAGAAAAAGAGGAGAAGAAGCCCGAGUUCCUGACGGCUAACUUCAAGCUGAAAGGGGGACGACUGAAGGAGCUCCUCAAUCCAGCGGAAGAAAACAAUAAAUAGAAAUGGUUCCAUUCAAUGCAGCAGUGUAUCAAGACUA